AUGUCUGUUUGGUGCUUUGUCAGUAACAAUCCAAUUGUUGGCACUAACCGAAAUAGUAAGUCGUUUUGGAAAACUGUUGCAGAUAUGUAUGAGCAAAGUCGAGCAGAUAAUCCAGAAAUUGGAGGUCGAAGGAGCGUGGAAUCAUUGAGGAACCGUUACAAACACCUCAACAAAAAUGUAGCUCUGUGGGUUGCUGCAUACAAGAAAGCAUAUGAGCGACGAGCAAGCGGUCAGUCCAAAGAGGAUAUCGAGAAAGCAGCUCAAGCAAUUUACGGUAAACCUAAGUUUACUCACCAUGAGGUGUUUGAAAAAGUUAUGAGCAGCUAUCCGAACUGGGAACUGAAAUUGGAUAGUACUGGUUACGUACGACGUUCUCACCCAUACGACAAAGACAGUGUUGACGAAAGUCAUAGCAGCUCAAAAAAAUCGAGGACAAAUGAAGAUGUGGAUCCUCCAACCGACUCCACUCUAGAAACUCCAGGUAGUGAUGCUUCAAAAUUUCAUCGUCCUAUUGGUAGGGAUAAAGCUAAAGCUAAGGCUAAAAGAAAAGGAAAACAAACAGAAUCACAAUCUUCGAUAGUUUCAGAUGCUUUCACUGCUGAACUACGUGAAAUGAGAAUAACAUGCGAAAAAGAAAUGAAAACAUCUACGUUGAAUACGUUGAUGAAAAAAAACCAGUUAUCUCCAGAUGAGGAAGCUCUCAAACGUCGGCUAAUAGCAGAACUUUAUGGAAUAUAA